GGGAACUCAAUGAAUGGCCAUGAGGGGAGGAAAAGAGAUAUGUUAACAAUAUGGUUGCCCAGCCCUAUGGCUUCCCUGCCUAUGUGCCCAUAAAGGUGCAAGAAAUUCAUCAUCACCAAUCAUACUGUGCACCACAGAGAAGUCUCAAGUCUUUCUUUUCUAAGGGCCUGACCUCACUCUCACUAGAACAUGCAUCAGUUAUACAGAAGUCACAUCAACCUUGCCGGCGAAAGUAGUGACACCUCCACCACCAGCCCGGGAAAUAGUGCAGAGAGACAGAAUAGCCUCCUCUACUCCACCAGCAGUUUACCUCUCUCCUUCGAUGACCUGUUGGCGGGGUUGCCAGUCCCAGAGAAAACCACCCGCAAACCUCCCCAGAGCCGCUCAAAAAAGAGCAGGAACUUAAGUGUCCCCGUAGACCUGGACGUGAGCGAUGGGGAGACCAGCAUUUCCGACAGUAGCUCUGAGUCACCAGUAUGCGUGGAACUUCCACCGCAGCCUUUCAUUUAUGAACACACUGUCAGCAGCAUCAGUGCUCAGGUCUCUUGGACAAGGCCACGCAGUGGAGAGCUGGUCUCCUUCUAUGAGCUGCAACUACAGGAGGCCAGGCCGGAUGGUCAAGGCAACAGUAUCCGCUGGGUUUGCUCACAGACAGAAGAGCACUUGGAGAAUCUGACUCCGGACACCCAGUACUUGAUCCGCGUGAGGGCUCUCAAUGUGGCAGGAGCUGGGAAGUGGAGUGCACCCUAUAAGUUUGGGACAAUGCCUCCUGUGCCAGGCAUGCUGCUUGAUCCGUCACCUGUCAAAGUCACUGUGCGAAGGUGCAGGAAGUCCCAGAAGAAAACUAUCUUUAUUCCUUAAGAGGACCUGCAACAUGGCAAUUAAAAAAUGGCACCUC